ACAAAGUGAAGCGACCAGCGUCAAUGGCAUCAAACAUCAGCUCAGAAUUUGAGGAAGUGCACCUAGAAGAAGUGGAGCACUCGGCAAGCACUGGGUCUGGAGAAGAACUGGAGUUUCCAUCAGGUGAUGAUGAGGUGGUACAGAGGCAGGAGCCGGCUGUGGUUGGCAAGAAUGUCUCAGCUCCCAGACCGGACGCAGCUUCAACUCCUGGCAAAGCUCCAGUUGCUGCGCCUGUGCAGCAGGCUGCAACACGCAGGACCCCUGUCAAAGGAGAGGGUGCAGACGAAAGUCAAGCUGGUGUGACAGAGGAGCCAGACCCGGAGAUCAGCUGGCGCGGCAACCGCCAAGGCCCUCCUCCCAACACUGUCAAUGCAAUGGGUGAGCCGAUCUAUGACCCAUUGAAGGACAUUGAGCUGGCGACACAGAAGGCAACAGAGUUGGCGUCGACAGCAGCCAGAACUGUGUCGACAAAGAUCAUCGGUGGAGCUGCAGGGGCAAAGCAGAGUCUGACACUGAUGGCAGACAACGUCCAGUCCUGGCAGGUGAUGCAUGGAGCAGCUGAUGCAAAGGACAGCCUGGCAAAGACAGCCAGCCUGUUCGCAAACAAUGUGUCAACAUGGUGGGCUAAUCUGGAUCCUGUGCCCAAGCCCCAGCCAAACUCUCCUGGCCGGGAAGCGAGUUCCAUGGCUGACAGCAAGGGAGGGACUGAGCUUGAAAGCCUGUUUGGACUGCCACCUGAGGAGGAAUUGAUGGAGGGCUUCCACUGCAUGCUGGCCCAGACCUAUGCUUGCACCUACAACACCUUUUCCAGGGCUCGAGAGAUCACCUUCCUUGGCACUCUGUAUGUGACGGACAAGCACACAUGCUUCAGUGCUCCAUCGGAAAAGAUCUCUUUCUGCCUGGCUCACAAAGAUGUCAAAGAAGUGAAGAAGGUGGUUGCAAAGACCAGGAAGCCAGGACCCUCUGAGAAGCUGCACAUAACAUUUGGAGAGAAGGAGCAUGUUGUGUUCCAAGGAUUUAAGGCAGCCGACCUGACCAGCGCCCUGGCGUUGCUGGAGCACCUGACAGCAGACUCUUGAUCCAUUUCUGUGUUGUGGGGCAUAAAGGUUGGAGGUUUUUGUGUCAAAGCUUGAGGUCUUGUACAUCAUUUGUGCCUUUGGAGGCUUGCAGGCUGUCAUCCGUCCAGGUUUUUGCCGAUAUAGGCUCUCCAAUCGGGUUCCAGGCUGAUAAGUUGCUCCUGGCAAUCCCAUUGCUCCUUUUACCCGCCAAAUGCACAAGGAAGAGGGGCUUGGAUAUUUGCCUCAGUUACAGAUCAUGAUAUCCUUUUGGUUGUGCCGUGUGUAUAUUAUUUAUAGCAUUGUACAUUGAGACAAUCUUAGCAAGGUUGAUGUGUUUGAGAGUUUCAAGGAUCCUGUUGACAUUGUCACAUGCGCCAGCUGGGUGGCACGAGUGCACUGCAGUGUGUGGCAGCGCGCUCGUGUGCCUUGCGCCCUUCCUUGCAAUUAUCUGAGGAUGUAAAGUGAGGUUGCAU